AUGGCAACAGCAGAGGCAACUACCGGCUCUGAGCGCUCCAAAUACGCCGCACCAGUCUGGACCCACAAGUCUUCCACCUUCAAGGGAGAUGGGCCCGGACAGGACGCAGCGGUCCUUCAGCCUUGCCGGUGGGCCGAUGAGCGGCAACAGACCCAUAGAAUCCGAACAACAACAACAACACACCCUACCUGCGCUUUCACCAUCAUGGGGUCCUGGCCCCGGAAUAUCACCCCUCGGCGUACCAAGACGACCAUCCCCUGCAGGAGGUCCGUCGGUGCGACAUGGGGCCUCUCCGUUUGA